AUGUGGUUUCUAGUGAUCUUGUGUUCGGGGCUGAGCUUCGGAGCGGCUUCGGCUCAAUCGAACCGCGCGCCUAAAGACGUGGGUACUAUCGGCAUAAUUGUUGAGCAGCAAGACUUGGCGAAGCACUUCCAUUACAUAGCUUCCAAGCUAGUGGACUCGAAUCUCAAGGCCGUAUCGAGAGUGAUCCAGAAUGACGACAUUCUAGAAGCUAUCCAGAGCAUGUGCGCCUUAAUGCAAUCGAACGUGAACGUCGUUUUCGGGCCAACUUCACCGGUAUCGUCCCUCCACGUGAGCUCCAUGGCUCGGACCUUCGACCUUCCCCACAUCGAGUUCCGCUGGGACCCCUCCCUGGUGGAUGAUGAGCACUCUCUCAAUCUUUUUCCCGACCCCGUACAGAUUGCAGAGGCCCAGACGGCUCUUAUGGAGUACUGGAAAUGGAAAAACAUAGCUCUCAUCUACGAGAGCGACGACGACAUUAUCGAGAUGCGACGUCUGCUGCAGGAGCUACAGGAAGAUGGUAUCGACGUCAAUUAUUUCAAAAAAGAUAAGGGAGAAACUUUCCGAACUCUGCUGCGCCAAAUCAAAGAGCGGGACAUUCGGAACAUCGUCGUCGACCUGGAACAGGAGGAACGGGAAAAAGACAAAGAAGGAAAAAUUGAGUCUUUCCUGAAACAGGCCAUGCAGGUCGCGAUGCUCAACGAGAAUUACAACUACUUCUUCCUUUCUCUGGAUUUCCACGUGGCUAAACUCAACGAUUUCAUGCAUUCGCGAGCGAACAUCACGGCUCUGAGACUGGUUGACAUGAAGCAUCACAUCGCCGACGACCUAUUGAGGGGACAGGAUACGCCUACGGUGAAGAAAAACGGUCCGAAUCAACGCCAAGCCAGGAAGACGAAUGCGACGCAUGUGAAACGCUUAUCGAAACGCGAGGACGCAGACGAGUCGGAGGAAGACGAAGGAGCUGAGGACGAUGCCAAUUUCCCACCCGGUCUCGAAACAGAAGUAGCGUUGAUAUACGACGCAAUUAUGCUGUUCAAGCUGGGUGUCAAAGAUCUCGUAAAUAAGAAGGGAUCUUUCAUAAAAGCGCUUCCGACUGCCAAAUGCGACGGCAAGAAAUCUCUCGAUACCGAGCAGCUCGGCACCGAGCUGACAAAAACCAUGCUCAAGAGAACUUUCGACGGAGCCACAGGACGAGUGAAUUUCAACGAGAAAGGAAUACGCGACGACUUCGUACUCUUCGUGACGGAGUUGGGAACAGAUGGGUUAGAAGAGCUACAAUCUUCCCGGUGCUUCCAGAUUGGAAUUUGGUCGAAAUCUGGCGGUUUGAACAUCACAAACGACGAGAACGAAUUCGAACUAACCAAAGAGGAGAAAAUCAAGAUCGACGACAUCCAUCUCAAGAUCGUCACGGUGCUCAACAAGCCAUGGCUGAUGAAAGACGAAAAACACUGGACGGAAGAGCGGCCUCGUUACAAGGGUUUCCUGAUUGACAUCUUGGAAGACAUUCGGAGAAAAUCCCCCAAACCGAUAGAUUACGAGUUAUAUCUUUCCCCUGACGGCACCUAUGGGGUGGAGAAACGCGUCGACAAUGACAGUGUUACAUGGAGCGGCAUGAUCGGAGAACUCGUCAACGAGAGAGCAAACGUAGCGCUCGCCGAUCUCAUCGUUUCGGAUGAAAGACUCCGCGCGGUCGAUUUCACCCUCCCGUUCAUGUCGGCUCAACUGGUGGCUGUGACCCGAGCUCCGGCUGCGCGAAAGCCCGGUGGAGUUUGGUCAUUCUUCUUGCCCCUGACCAGGGAGGUUUGGGUGUACACUAUCGUCGCCGGACUCUUGACUUCACUGGUCAUGUAUAUGUGCGCAAGGUUCUGCCUCUCGGAAUAUGUCCAUGUCCAGAAAGAUGGAUCUGACGAAGUGGAAAACCAACUAGGGAUGAACAACUGUCUCCUAUUCGUAUUCAGUACGCUGGUGCAUCAACGGCUUCAUCUGGAUCCAAAUGCCACCGCAACUCGGGUGCUGGCCGGGGUGUGGUAUUUCUUCACUUUCGUCAUCCUCGCCAUCAUCGUGGGAAACCUGUGCGAGAGCGUCCUUUGGGUCGACGAGGAUUUUUCGCAAUACGAAACAAUUCACGGUCUCCUCAAAGCUCGAGACAUGCAAUUCACUUGCAUCAAAGGCGGAUCGACGUGCCGCACCCUCGAGUCAUCUCACGCACCGAUCCUCUGGGAGAUCAACAAGCGCAUGCAGAAAUUCGAAACCCCCAGAGUCAGGAACGUUUCACAGGCUUUCGAGAAAAUGCAGACCGACGAUCAUCUGGCUCUGAUCAUGGAGUAUGCAUCGGCGAAAUUCAUCGUUGCUUCGUCGUGCGACCUGAUGAUGACCAAAGCCUUUUCGAACCAUGCUGCGUACGGGAUCGGUCUCAGCAAGAAGAACCCGAUCAAAACGAACCGGUUGCUGUCCGAGCUGAUCCUGCUCAUCCAGGCCAAAGGUCUAAUCCAGGAGCGCGAGGAACGGUGGUGGAAAACAAGGAGGUUCUGUGAUGUUGACAAUGAUGGAGAUUUUGAUGACGUCGAUGACCUUGGGGAAGAUGACUCGAAAGACAAACAAGGCGUGGAGCUGCGAGCGCUGUCUCCCUCGGAUUUGUCGGGCGCGUUCAUUCUCCUGUUCAUGGGUCUUUGUGCAGCAUUUCUCAUCUGUAUUGCCGAGAUCAUAUUCGAACACAUCACCAGAGACAGGAGAGAUACGUAUUUCAACAUGAUCACAGUCUUGGAUCACGUUCGUUUCGCCUUCAAAAUGCAAACCAAUCAGAUAGACCUCUCGGAAACAUCUCUGCCUAAGCAUCGUUGGAAGGAGCAACUCCAAAGACGCCGGAGGCAGCGCCAGGAUAAGACCGAAAAAGCUGGAACUUCGAAAGGAAUUGACUCGCUGAGUUCGGAAACGGCUUGA